AUGCGCAAUCUAAAGAACGUGCGCCUCGCCGAAGUCGAGCUACACUCCAAGCUCCCUUUGACCGCCACAGCUUGGGACACUGCUUCAGAUUCCAUUAUUUGCACAUUUGGGCCAGAGGCAGAAAAUCAGGUUAUCGAGUUGCGGAGGAAGCGACACGAUGUAGUUUAUACAUCUCCCGCCAGCCAGGAAGACUUUGAGACGAUUGCAUCCUGGGAUGCUCCAAGCCCGCUGCCUGACUUGCCCUGUGAUCAAGUUUUAUCGUUGGAGUACUUUGCAGACAACUUGACUACAAUUCUUGUUCUCCAGGGAGGCGAUAUCAUCAUUGUUCGAGAGGACGCCCAGCCUGGGGAAGACAAGAUUGAAAUCUUGGGCUCUGUCGAUGUUGGUAUAUCGGCUGCAGCCUGGUCUCCAGAUGAAGAGCUUUUGGCCAUUACGACAAGAGCAAACACGCUUCUGUACAUGACCCGCGAAUUCGAGAAUGUUGCAGAAAUUUCUUUCUCGCCAGAAGACCUGAAACUAUCACGACAUGUCUCUGUUGGAUGGGGCAAGAAGGAGACCCAAUUCCAAGGCAAAAGAGCCAAAGCAUUAAGGGAUCCCACGAUGCCUGAAAAGGUUGACGAGGGCAAAUUCAGCAGCUUUGAUGAUUCUCGUACCACUAUCACCUGGCGAGGAGAUGGCGCUUAUGUUGCCGUGAACAGCGUGGAAACCGGUGUUCGAAGAGUGAUCAGAGUAUAUUCUCGGGAGGGAAUUCUCGACAGUGUUAGCGAACCUGUAGAUGGAUUGGAAGGAGCGCUAAGUUGGAGACCGUCGGGUAACUUGAUCGCCGGUAUCCAACGCCUUGAUGAUCGUAUCGAUGUAGUCUUCUUUGAGCGUAACGGCUUACGUCACGGCCAGUUCACGCUGAGGCUAUCGGAGGAAGAGCGACAGACUUGGGCAUCUGAUAUAUACCUGAACUGGAACAUUGAUUCUACAGUCUUAGCCGUGUAUUUCAAAGAUCGUGUUCAGCUUUGGACUAUGGGCAACUACCACUACUAUCUCAAACAAGAAGUUGCGCUUCUUGGCGAGGGGAAGAAAUUCAUUCGUUGGCACCAAGAAAAAGCCUUGCGGCUCAUUGCCGCUUCGUCUAACCUCCUGAUGGACAGUGAAUGGGUUUCUGAUGUCUCUCAUGGCUCAACUACAAGCCCAGAUGAUUAUGGGGUAGUGGGUGUCAUAGACGGAAGAAUUCUGAAGCUGACGCCCCUAAGACUCUCUGGCGUUCCUCCACCCAUGGCUCAUUGUGAAAUCAACGUCGAUUCCAAUAUCGUGGAUGUUGCAUUCAGCCAUUCAGGUGCUAGAAUUGCAGUGCUUACGACAGAUGGCUUCUCCAUCUUCUCAUGGCCGUUAAAGACUCGACCAGUUCCUACGCCGUUAUUGGAAUCCAGCCACCCUCUUCCUCAGACACCCAACUCUCGGCCAAGGCAGGUCGCAGUCCUCAACGAUAACGAAGUCUUCAUCCUCCUUCAUGACGGUCCAAAUCGCCGAAUCGAAAGGAUGAGGCUAGAUACUCGUGAGAGCUCUAUGUCAUACAUGAUUAGCCCAGAGGAGCAGGUUCAAAGCAUGAUCACGAACAUUCAGUACGACAAGCUCUGGAUCUCAAAAUCUUCGUUGAAAACGAAGGGUACAACAUAUUUACAAGGCAUACUAUCUACAGAAGAGUUGGAGAUUUCCGCUUUUGACACAGCCCCCGCUGUUGAAGUCCAGUGGGCGUCUAGCACCUACAUAUCUAAUGAUCAGGACAUUAUUGUCUCCAUGACGAGGACAGGAGCUUUGUAUGCCAAUCGGCGUCUGUUGGCAAAGAACUGCACUUCUUUUAUUCUUACACCUGCCCACAUCAUUUUUACCACCACACAACAUCUCUUGAAGUUUGUCCAUAUCACAAACGUGGAGGACAUGGAAGUACCUGCCGAUACCCCAGAGACCGACGAGCGAUGCAGAAGCAUUGAGCGUGGCGGGCGAAUAGUUACAGUGACGCCUUCAAACUUUGCUGUCACAUUACAGAUGCCUCGAGGAAAUCUCGAAACGAUUUAUCCCCGAGCGUUGGUUUUGGCGGGAAUCAGAACCUUCAUAGAUGCGAAAGAAUACCGCUCCGCAUAUCUUGCCUGUCGAAGCCAGAUGGUUGAUAUGAACAUCCUACACGACUAUGCCCCUCAACAGUUUAUGGAAAAUGUUCCUCUUUUCAUUACGCAGGUCAAGAGAGUUGAUUACAUUGAUGAGUUUUUGUCACGUCUAAAAGAAGAAGAUGUCUCCCAGACUCUUUACAAGGAUACACUAAAACUUUCAAAAGCUGAAGCUGACGCUGCAGCAAAGGCUGGAGUCAAUGCAGCAGGACCUCUGAAAUCAUCAAAGGACAGCAAGAUCAACCGCAUUUGUGAUGCAUUCUUGGUGGCUCUGAAGAACAAGAUGGACACAAACCUACAGAAUGUGGUCACUGCUCAUGUGUGCAAGUUUCCUCCUGAUCUUGAUUCCGGUCUACAACUAGUAGCAGAUUUAAGAGUGCGAAAUCCGGCACAAGCCGAGGAAGCUAUAGAGCAUAUGUGUUUCUUGACUGAUGCCCUUCAUCUCUACAAGAAUGCUCUCGGACUCUACGACCUCGAGCUUACUCUUCUUGUUGCUCAGCAAGCGCAAAUGGAUCCGCGAGAAUACCUCCCCUUUCUCCGAAAACUCCAGACUCUCCCCGAACUUCGCCGACAAUACGAAAUCGACAAUUACCUGGCUCGAUCGGCAAAAGCUUUGAAGCACCUCCAUGCUCUAGAGGCAUUCGAUGAAGUGAAACAAUAUGCUGUCAAGCACAGUCUUUAUCGAGAAGCACUUGAACUGUACAAGUAUCAGGCAGAGCAGUUGAGGGAAAUGACCCUCCUGUAUGCUGAUUAUUUGUACAGUCAGAAUGAUUAUCAAGAAGCUGCCAUUGCCUACGAAUCGCUUGGUAUCUAUGACGAAGCAUACAAAUCUUACCAGAUUGCCCACCGUUGGCGCGAAUCCCUCUAUUGCGCUCUAAUGGUUCCUUUAUCGCCAACCGAGCUGGAGACUCACGCUAGUAACCUAGCCACAACUCUGGUAGAAGAGGACAAGGACUAUCUCUCCGCAGCACAGAUCCAAGCAGACCACCUCAAAAACUAUCCCGCAGCAGCAACACUCUUCUGCCGCGCCUCUCAAUUCGCAGACGCUACACGCAUCCUGGCAAUCAACGGCCUUCAAGACCGCAUCCCCGAACUCGUCGACAACGGUCUCGCAGAAGCCAUGGGCUCAACAACCGACUUUUUGGCCGAUUGCAAAGCCCAACUAAACGCACAGGUUCCCCGAAUUGACGAACUGCGCGAAAAGCGUUUGACAGACCCCUUGGCAUUCUUUGGCGGAGAUCCAUCUCUUGAUGCAGCUGCUGGAGGAGUUGACAUCCCAGAUAACGUCUCCCUCGCACCGACCGACGCCUCAACAGCCGCCGGCCGAACAAUGUUCACCCGCUACACGGGUGGCACAAACAUGACACGCCGAACAUCAAAGACCCGCCGACGCGAAGAACGGAAACGAGCAGCUGGUCGAAAGGGAACAGUGUAUGAGGAAGAGUAUCUAGUGAAUAGUGUGCGACGUUUGAUUGAGCGGGUCAAUAGUACAUUUGAUGAAACCACUUCGUUGAUUGAGGGGCUUUUGCGACGGGGCAUGAGGGAACGCGCUGUUGCGGUUGAAAAGGCGCUUCAAGAGGUGUUGGGGUUGUGUUCGUCUGCUAUUGAGGAUGUUUUUGACACGCCAGCAGAAGAUCAGCAGAAACAACCGGAGGAUUCUGAGCAGGGUCCCGGGGAGCAGACAGCUUCAGCUGUUGGCGGUGAUGCUGUUUUCUUGGAGAGCAUAUAUGCAGGCCAGAAGCGUGCUGCGCCGGUUAUGAAGGAGUUUAAGAAAUUAGCUCUUUUGGGCUGA